UGCUAACCUAACCUAACCUCAACCUCAACAAAAGCAGGAUUCAAAUCAAUAGGCGUUCAUAAUAAUUAUCAAUUAAAGGAUAUUUUUCUGUGGAGUAAGUUAGGAAAAUGGCUAGGAAUGCAGAGAAAGCUAUGACGACCUUGGCUCGGUGGAGAGCCGCACAGGUGACAGAACAAGGUGGAAGUGCCAAGGAGAAAGAAAGAAGACCAUUUCUAGCCUCAGAGUGUACAGAUUUACCAAAAGCUGAAAAGUGGAGAAUGCAAAUUAUCAGAGAAAUUGCGAGGAAAGUGGCUCAGAUACAAAAUGCUGGUCUUGGAGAAUUUAGGAUACGAGAUUUAAACGAUGAAAUCAACAAGUUGCUUAGAGAGAAGGGUCAUUGGGAAGCCCAGAUCAGGGAGUUGGGAGGUCCAGACUACGCCAGGGUCGGCCCUCGCAUGUUGGACCAUGAGGGAAAAGAAGUGCCCGGAAACAGAGGCUACAAGUAUUUUGGAGCUGCAAAAGAAUUACCAGGUGUGAGAGAGCUGUUUGAGCAGGAGCCGCCCCCUCCCCCUCGCAAGACGAGAGGUGAACUGAUGAAAGACAUUGAUGCUGACUACUACGGCUACAGGGACGACGACGAUGGUGUACUGUUGCCAAUCGAGAGCAGGGAGGAGAAAAAAGCAAUACAACAGGCUGUUGCUGAUUGGAAAGCAAAGAAAGAAGCAAGUGUAAACAACGAAGGUGAAGACAAGACUGAGGAAGAGGAAGAAGAGAAUAUAUACUCUGUUACUGCUGAUGACAGUAGCUCGGAUGAGGAGAUGGGUGUGGAGGGGGAGAGAGACCUAGGUCAGCCCAGAUUCAUCGCACAUGUUCCUGUGCCGUCUCAGAAGGAGGUGGAGCAAGCCCUUCUCCAGAGGAAGAAACAAGAACUGCUUAACAGAUAUGCUAGCGAGAGUGUCAUAGCACAGUCGGAGGAAGCCAAAGAGUUGCUUGGCGUCUCAUCUACAUCUUCAGCGUGAUUGAAUGUCUUGUGAUUCAUUUGUAAAUAUGUGUAAAUAUAUUUCUACAUUU